CUGUGAUCGGGACACUUCGUGUACAACGCCGCGAGUGGAGGAGAGAGGUAGAAGAAAGCGAGCGAGCCGAAGCCGCGUUCAAAGAGAGACGGCGAAAGAGGGUGAACGAGUAAGGUGAUGGCACCGAAGAGGAAAGCGAAGGGCUCUGCUCCGCCGCCGACCAUCUCGCCCAGGAAGACCAGGAGCGCCACCGCCGGGAAGAGGGCGGAUCCUCCGGCUGAGAAGCCGUCCAAGAAGGCCAAAGUUUCGUUGAACGGGAACGCGAAGAAGUCGGACGGUGCCAAGGUGAAGGCUGAUGAUGCGAAGGCGAAGAAAAAGGCUUCCGAUGCCGACGGAGCCCCCGAUGCUUCCCCACCUGCUAACACUGACGUCUCCGCCAAGACCGUCAUCAUCGAGGCGUGCAAACAAUGCAAUUCCUUCAAGACAAGGGCCAUAAGGGUGAAGGAAGGCCUUGAAAGUGCUGUGCCUGGAACAGUUGUUACAAUUAAUCCUGAGAAGCCACGACGGGGAUGCUUCGAGAUACGUGAGGAAAGCGGUCAAAUUUUUGUUUCAUUAUUGAAUAUGCCAAGGCCAUUCACACCCAUGAAGAAGCUCGACAUGGAUGAAGUCAUUCAGGAUAUCGUUAAGAAGAUCGCUUGAUUGAAGGUGGCAUUAUUAGUUCAAAGAGACUUAGGAUGCAUGCUGGAAUACUUGUUGCUUUCUGACUUCCUAUUUUGGUGGCCUCAGCGAUGCCCACACAGUGUUUGUUUCUGAUCAGUCUAGUGGAAGUUCAUGAAUGAAUUUGACCUGUAAUCCAAUAUCAUUUUGACUCAUAUUAUCGUGCUUUUUCAGCUGUCGGAAAACAAUUAGUCAGAUGGAUGACUAAUGCUGUACUCAAUGUCAUCUAUUUCUAUUUCCUAAAGCAAUCACAUCGUACAUUGAUUGA